GCUAGUUCUGGAGGCUAGGCAUGCGCUUCCAUCAUGAUGUCUGUCCAGACUUUGGGCAAGAAGUGGAGAAGUUUCUUUCCUCCCUCAGAGAGAGUAUUAUCCUCCUAGCCAACCAUAGCCCCUUUGACCUCCAGUGUAGCUUACUUGCAGCCCUUUGGGGUAUUCUGUUUGCCCCCUGGUUGGAAAACACUGGGGUGGCCCAAGACUACAAAGGAAGAACACAGACCAGAAAACAAAUACCUGGAAGAGGCUUGUUUGCUACCGUCUAUGACGACAUUUCCCGGCAUCCCGCUUAGCCUUUGUUCCAGGUGGUGAGGGUCCACAGCUUACCCAGCCGCAGACGCACAACUAGAGGAACUACGUUACCCAGAGUGCGUUUGUCACAGAUAGAAGAACACUGAACCAAUGAGCAUUUAGAACGAUAUCAUUUGCAGGGUUUUUUUACUGGUAGGAUAGGGCGGGACUUCCGGCUGCAUUCUGUGGCGCUCGUUUUAGCGGUUUUUGGGUCCGUUUUUGUUGACCAUAUGCAGGACCCCUUUGUCCAGCGUUAGGGGAUGAAGAGUAUGAAGGAGCGGUUCUAGAAGUAGCAUUCAUCGCACACUGGGCGCUGGCGGCGACAGCUUUACCCAAAGUCCUGGUCCCGUCUCCGUGCCAUCUGCGCGCGCCUUAGUUGGAUGGCUGUGCCCACAUUCAUGCACCAGGUUUAGGUAUCCAUUACUGAAGAAGUGGAUAUGGCCCUCAUGCAGCAGGGCCGUGUGACUUUUGAGGAUGUAGCCAUUUGCUUCUCACGUGAAGAAUGGAGACUUCUUGAGAAGACUCAGAGGCUGCUGUAUCUCAAUAUUACACUGCAGAACUUCGCACUUAUAAACUCCCUGGGUUGUGGGCAUAGAACAGAAGAUGAAGAGCAGAGAGUUUCUACACGAGCAUCACAGGUUUGGAGAUCUGAGACAAUUCUAUCUCCACUAAAAACUCACCUCUGUGAAAAGUGUGUCCCAAUUCUUCAAAACAUUUUGCUCCUGCCUGAUCUGCCUGGGCAGAACCAGAGUAUAGAGGCACAUUCACAAUUUAAUCAGCACCAAAAACAUGCUAGUACAGAAAAGCUCUUGAAGAAGAAUGCCGACAAGGCCUCAGACUUGAAACAAUGCCUAUUCCAUACGUCAGCAAAGUCCUUCCCCAGUUGGGACGUUGAGAAAGACCUCCCAGACAUACUGAGUCUUCUGAAAUCCCAGAUCUUUCCCAACAAUCCGAAGCCCAGCAAAAUCAAAGAGGGUAGGAAAGAAGCUCACAGUCAUAAAAGUCAUAAGUCAGGAGGAGCCUGUGGGAAAACGUCCAGUCAAAAACAAACACCUGUGCACCAGCCAAAAGCCUCCACUGGGAAAAAGCUUUAUGAGUGCAGCAAAUGUGGGAAAAGCUUCCGUGGCAAGUACUCGCUUGAUCAGCACCAGAGAGUCCACACCGGAGAAAGGCCUUGGGAGUGCAGUGAUUGUGGGAAAUUCUUUAGCCAAACCUCCCACCUGAAUGAUCACCGUAGAAUACAUACCGGAGAAAGGCCUUAUGAGUGCAGUGAAUGCGGAAAAUUGUUUAGACAGAACUCCAGUCUUGUUGACCACCAGAAAAUUCAUACUGGGGCAAGACCUUAUGAGUGUAGCCAGUGUGGGAAAUCUUUUAGUCAAAAAGCUACCCUUGUUAAACACCAGAGAGUUCACACUGGAGAAAGGCCUUACAAGUGUAGUGAGUGUGGGAAUUCCUUUAGUCAAAGUGCCAUUCUUAACCAACACCGGAGAAUUCACACUGGAGCAAAGCCUUAUGAAUGUAACCAAUGUGGGAAGUCCUUUAGCCAGAAAGCUACCCUCAUUAAACAUCAGCGAGUUCACACUGGAGAAAGGCCUUACAAAUGUAGUGAGUGUGGGAAAUCCUUCAGUCAAAGCUCUAUCCUUAUUCAACACCGGAGAAUUCACACAGGAGCAAGGCCUUAUGAGUGUGGCCAGUGUGGGAAGUCCUUUAGCCAAAAGUCUGGUCUCAUUCAGCAUCAGGUAGUUCACACUGGAGAAAGGCCUUAUGAAUGUGACACAUGUGGGAAUUCUUUUAGCCAGUGUUCUAGCCUCAUUCAUCACCAAAAAUGUCACAGUGCAUAAGACACUUCAUAAAAGUAGCAAAUGUGGAUAAGCCUUCAACUCGAAGCUUAAACAUCAUUUAGCGCCUCCAAAUUCAUACUUGAGAAAAGCCUUAGACUUACAGGGAAUGCUCUCUUUUAGUAUUACGACACUAGAGAAGCUUCUGAGGUUGAUCUUAAUUCUGCCCACAUCCAGGAGUGUGAGAUUACUCAGGAGGUCAGGCAUGGGUAGGUGCAGGAGCUGCUUUGCCCAUACUGAGCUGGCCAGGGUCCUUGCCAUAUAUGAGUGUGGUAGAAGCCGUCUUUCUCUACCACAUAACCAGUGUGCAGUGAUCACCCCAUCAUGCUAAGGAAAGGCAAAUUGUCUGUCAGUGCUGCUUGCCUGGAGGAACUCUUGAAUGGAGUAUUUAUGGAGAAUUUGUUUUCUGUUUUUAACUCUUUAAAGCAUGGCUACAACUCAGCUUUUACCGGGAAGAUCUACCCUAUUAUCUGCUGAAGGUAGCUACAAUUUGAUUUCCUGCAUAUUUAAAAAAAAUAGUUUUUAAUCAGUGUCACAUGACAGUUGGGUGAAUGUUUCCAGCCUUCUAAUUAUGGUUGGUCACUGCCUUCUCGUUGCUCUGGUUUAUACAUAGAUAGAUGCCUUAUUCUGAAAGCUACCUUUACUCUUACAGUUUACUAGUGGGAAGGCUGGAAAACAGACUGAAUUUUCUAGGAAAAUAUGGACAGCUUUUGUGGAUGUCUCAACUUGGUAUACCUCUACAGGUGAAGCAAAAGAAAAAAAAAAAUUUCAUUGCUGUCCAAGAGCUGCAGGAUCUUCGUUAUUGUAGUGUAUGACUUGGAAACUUUCUGUGAUUGGUCAUCUCGAGGAGAGCUCUGCUAUUGCCAUAAGCUUCUGUACUUCUAGAAAUGGAAUGAAUUUGCUCUAUUUUUCUCAGAGAAUGUCCUUAUAAUGCCCAUGACAGAAGGAGAGGCAGCUUGUAAGGGUCUACAUAGAAUGUGCCCCAGUAGCAAUUAUUCCAUAGGCUGGUAUCACUCAUGAGAUGAGCAGAUCCAGAUGUGAAGCAUCAUUGGCACACAAACGAUGGGUAUGGUAGAGUCUGCAGCCAGCCUCUACCUCUUGUAAGUGUGCCUCUUGUAAAAGUGCACCCAGCAGUCUUUGUUUUGGGCUGUGUUCACAGGACCUAGAACUCUGUGUAUGUACAUAGCUGAGGUCAUUGUCAAAAUAAUAAUAAUAAUAAUCUAAGAUUUUGUGGGAUAGUGUGGUCUUUCAUGAUUGUUUACCUCAAAUCUGUUGCUAUAGAGAUAGGAAAAUGAGAUGGAGAUCCUGUAGCCCAGGAAUAUAGCUAUUGUAAUCACAGUCCAGCUGCUGUAUUUGCAGUCUGGUAUGGCCACUAUCACUGCUUGUCAGUAUUCCUUGCAUUAACGAAGGGCUGUCCUUAUCUGUGCACGAGGACAGAGUAGGAUCAAAAUGGAGGGUACCAUGCCUUUUGGUUUCCAGAAAGUAGGAGUUCUGAGUUUUGUAUUUUGAGUCACUUUUUAAAAGUUUAUUGAUGUAUUAAUGAAAUGCAGUCAUCUCUAUGGUUUAUUCUUUUAAAAGUUGUAUACUCAUCUUUGUGAUGAUAACCUUGUCUGUGAUUUACCUCAUAACCUUUUAUAAUCUUCUCCCUUUUCCCAGACUUAUAAGCGUUCAGUAGUUUAUAUUUGACUCAUAAGAGUACAGUUUGUGAGUGAAAACAAAAGUUGCUUUUUACCUAGAUAUUUUUGACAAUACAUCAUUAUUUUGAGAUUUAUCACUGCUGCUUUUUUAUACCUUAUCCUUUAUACUGCUAUACUGUGUUUUUUAUAACUACAACAAUACCCAUUGAUCUUUUUAUCUAUUCAGCUACUUAAAUUGAAUCCUUUCUUGAGCUGUUACAUACAAGACUACAAUGGAUAAAGGCAUAUGACUCAUUAUGCAUAUGUUUUAUUUCUCUUGAGCCAGUAAUUCAGUAUGUAUGAAUGUUUCCAUUUUUAAGAGAUUGUCAAACUGAUCUAGAUUGGUGUAGACCAGUGGUUGGUUCUCAACCUUCCUAAUGCUGCAGCUCUUUAAUACAGUUCCUCAUGUUAUGGGAACCACUAACCAUAAAAUUAUUUUGUUGCUAUUCAUAAUUGUAAUUUUGCUACCAUUACGAAUUGUAAUGUAAAUAUUUGUUUUCUGAUGAUCUUAGGGUGACCCCUGUGAAAGAGUUGUACAACUCCAAAGGGGUCACUACCCACAGUUUGAGAUCCACUGCUGUAGACAGCAUGUGAACUCACUUGUCCACACUCUUGCUAGUAUUUGGUAUGGAUAAUGUGUUUGCUUUGAGCCAUUUUAAUAGGUGUAUAAUAACAUAUAGUCUUAAUUGCUUUUUUGGUGUUUCAUGAUAUUGAGUAUUUUUAUGUGUUUAUUUGC